UUGUGGGAUUGCAAUGGCUGCCAUCUUGCCUCCUGUAAACACAACGGAAGCACGUCUAGUAUACGAAAGCAGCAUUGUAAAUGUUUCGUAAGCUCGGUCAUUGUUGCAGUAUUUUCCGAACGCACACUACAUAAAACGACAUCAGAUGUUUAGCCUAUUUAAAGUUUUUAUCAAAAUAUUAGGUCCAAAUUCAGCAGACUUUGAUUUUCCGCUAACGGAAACUUGGUCAGCGCUAGGAGCUAGGUCUUAGAUAAUGGACGAUGAUUUCUCAAUGCACAGGCUGGAAGGGAAUGAUCCUUCAGCUCAGGUUGGUGGACUUAUUGUUAAAAAGAAGAGUGCUGCAGGAGAGGCCCAUGUGUUCCGGGCUCCUACCCCCAGAACAUCUCUGCUUGGACUGGAUUUGCUAGCAGCUCAGAAGAGAAAGGAACGUGAGAGCAGUGUCCAAGCAGAUGGUGACAGAAAUAGGAAGAAGUCAAAGGUUUCCUCCUACAAAGACUGGGAGGAAGGUAAAAGUGACUCUGGGUCUGAUGAAGAAGAUGAUGACAAGAAUGAAACGAAGAAGGAAAGCAGCAGAAAGUAUCGUGUGACUGGCUCUGAGACGCCAUCAAACCCUGGAGGGGUCAGCGAAGAGUUUAGACGCAAAAACCAGCAAAGAGAAAAGGACAGGCGCGAUCAUGGAGUCUAUGCGUCUUCCAAAGAGGACAGAAACAGGGAAAAAGACCGAGAAAGAAGCAAAGAUAAGGGCAGAGACCGAAGGAGUGAAAAAGAUGAGCAUGAAAAUAGCUACAGUCGAGGAAGCAGCAGUAGUCGCUCAGAUCGUGGGGAACGAAGUGAAAGGAGUGAGCGUUCUCAGAGAGAAGGGUCAUCUGAAAGACUCAGCAGGGGUAAUAGAAGAGAUGAACCUCUGACACCACAACAUCGCCCAAAAGAUGGUUCCACACCUUCGCGCUCAAACUGGGAUGAAGACGACAGUGGUUAUGCAAGUACAAGACAUUCUCAGUGGGAAUCUCCGUCUCCAUCUCCGUCUGUCAGAGAUUCAGAUCGCUCAGAUCGAAGUCAUCGUUCUGGCAGAGAAAGUGAGAGAAGGGAAAGGUCAGGCAAAGGACGUUACGCUGAUGAUACUCCUUUGCCAACACCCUCUUAUAAGUACAAUGAAUGGGCCAAUGACAGAAAGCAUCUGGGUUCUACACCUCGGUUAUCACAAGGAAAAGGAAGGAAGGAUGGUGAAGGAGGAAUUAUGUUUGAUGAUGAGAAUGAGAAGGAACGGUGGGAAGAAGACCAGAAGCAAGCAGACAGAGAUUGGUACAUGAUGGAUGAAGGCUAUGACGAGUUUCAUAACCCUUUCACAUCCACAUCUGAUGACUAUGUGAAGAAAAGAGAACAGAUCCUUCAGAAGCAGACUCAGAAAAGAAUAUCAGCCCAGAAAAGACAGAUCAAUGAGGAUAAUGAGCGAUGGGAGACCAACCGUAUGCUGACCAGUGGUGUGGUGCAGAGGCUGGAGGUAGAUGAAGACUUCGAGGAGGACAAUGCUGCUAAAGUUCACCUGCUGGUUCACAAUCUAGUCCCUCCUUUCCUAGAUGGAAGAAUUGUUUUCACUAAACAGCCAGAGCCUAUUGUUCCUGUGAAAGAUCCCACAUCUGACAUGGCCAUCAUCUCUCGAAAAGGCAGCCAGCUAGUCCGUAAACACCGUGAGCAGAAAGAGCGCAAGAAGGCUCAGCACAAACACUGGGAGUUAGCAGGCACCAAGUUAGGAGAUAUCAUGGGAAUCAAGAAAACUGAGGAAGAUGACUCUGGAAGUAAAGUAGGCGAGGAUGGCAAAGUCGACUACAGGGCGGAACAGAAAUUUGCUGACCACAUGAAGGAGAAAUCAGAGGCGAGCAGUGAGUUUGCAAAGAAGAAGAGUAUUUUAGAGCAGAGACAGUAUCUUCCUAUCUUUGCUGUCAGGCAGCAGCUUCUGAACAUCAUAAGGGACAACAGUAUAGUGAUCGUCGUUGGGGAGACAGGCAGUGGAAAGACCACCCAGCUUACCCAGUACUUGCACGAGGAUGGGUACACCAAGUACGGUAUGGUGGGCUGUACUCAGCCUCGCAGAGUGGCAGCCAUGAGUGUGGCCAAGAGAGUCAGUGAAGAAAUAGGCUCCAACCUCGGAGAGCAGGUGGGUUACGCUAUUCGCUUUGAGGACUGUACAUCUGAGGAAACGCUCAUAAAGUACAUGACAGAUGGUAUCCUGCUCAGGGAGUCACUGAGGGAGUCUGACCUUGACCACUACAGUGCUAUUAUCAUGGACGAGGCUCAUGAACGGUCACUGAAUACUGACGUACUGUUUGGUUUGCUGCGUGAGGUUGUAUCUCGACGCACUGAUUUGAAACUCAUUGUUACAUCUGCUACUAUGGACUCGGACAAGUUUGCAUCAUUUUUUGGAAAUGUUCCUAUAUUUCACAUUCCUGGAAGAACCUUUCCUGUUGACAUCUUGUUCAGCAAGACACCUCAGGAGGACUAUGUGGAAGCAGCAGUGAAGCAGUCCCUGCAGAUCCAUCUUAGUGGCUUAAUGGGAGACAUCCUCAUCUUCAUGCCUGGACAGGAGGACAUUGAGGUGACCUCAGAUCAGAUUGUGGAGAGACUGGGAGACUUAGAGAAUGCUCCAGCUCUUGCUGUGCUUCCCAUUUACUCUCAGCUGCCAUCUGACCUCCAAGCCAAGAUCUUCCAGAAGGCUCCAGAUGGUGUGAGGAAGUGCAUUGUUGCCACAAAUAUUGCUGAGACCUCGCUCACUGUGGAUGGUAUUAUGUUUGUUGUGGAUGCAGGAUACUGCAAGCUGAAGGUUUUCAAUCCUCGUAUUGGAAUGGACGCACUGCAGGUUUAUCCUAUCAGCCAGGCUAAUGCCAACCAGCGAUCAGGCAGAGCGGGUCGUACAGGUCCAGGACAGUGUUACAGGCUGUAUACACAGAGUGCUUAUAAGAAUGAAAUGCUGACCACCACCAUACCUGAGAUUCAGAGGACAAACCUGGCGAAUGUAGUUCUGCUGUUGAAAUCUCUGGGCGUUCAGGAUCUGCUUCUUUUUCACUUCAUGGAUCCACCACCUGAGGACAACAUGCUCAACUCCAUGUACCAGCUGUGGAUUUUGGGGGCCCUGGAUAACACUGGGGCUUUGACACCAACAGGGCGUCUGAUGGUGGAGUUUCCUCUUGACCCCGCCCUUUCCAAGAUGCUGAUCGUGUCGUGUGACAUGGGCUGCAGUGCUGAUAUCCUCAUCAUUGUUUCCAUGUUGUCUGUGCCUGCAAUCUUCUACAGACCUAAGGGUCGUGAAGAAGAGAGUGACCAGGUGAGGGAGAAGUUUUCAGUCCCAGAGAGUGACCACCUCACCUACCUCAACGUCUACAUGCAGUGGAAGAACAACAAUUACUCAAGCAUUUGGUGCAAUGAGCACUUCAUUCACACCAAAGCUAUGCGAAAGGUACGUGAAGUGCGCUCCCAGUUAAAAGACAUCAUGGUGCAGCAGAGGAUGAACCUGGCGUCUUGUGGUUCAGACUGGGACAUCAUCAGAAAGUGCAUAUGUGCAGCAUACUUUCAUCAAGCCGCCAAGCUCAAGGGUAUCGGUGAAUAUGUGAACGUGAGGACAGGCAUGCCGUGUCACCUCCACCCCACCAGCUCACUGUUUGGUAUGGGCUACACACCCGACUACAUCAUCUACCACGAGCUGGUCAUGACCACCAAGGAGUACAUGCAGUGUGUGACUGCAGUAGAUGGAGAGUGGCUGGCAGAACUGGGACCCAUGUUUUAUAGCAUCAAACAUGCAGGAAGAAGUAGACAGGAGAAUCGGCGGCGCGCCAAAGAGGAGCUCACCAACAUGGAGGAGGAAAUGGCUAUGGCUCAGGAGCAGCUGAAAUCACGUCGGGAGGAGCAGGACAGGAAGAGCAAUGUUGGCAGCGUAAGGGCAGUGAAGAUCUGCACACCAGGAAGAAGAGAAGAAGCCCCAAUGACACCCAGACGGACCCCUGCACGCUUCGGAUUAUAAAACAACAACUCUCUUCAACAUCAAGCCCUGAAUAACUGUCAUCAUCAAGAGUCGGACCACAGCAAAGUUAGUAAAACAGAAUUUUCACCAACCAACCACUCACCCUUGCUGCAGAGCGACCACAGACAACUGCAGUACCUGUACUGAGCACUAGAGUGAGAACUUGUAUAAGGCACCAGACUCAAGAUUGAGCCUGGAUUGAGUAGAGUGUGCAGCCAUGCUCCUCCUUUAAAUUAAUUGUACAUACAAGAAAGAACAAAUACAUUUCUGUAUUGUUUCUUUUUCAUAAACAGCAUGUACAUGUGAUCAAUACUGGCACAAAAUGUUAAAUAGGAAUCGCUACUGUUAUUUUAGCAAAAAUACACCUAUUCAUUUUACAUAUAAUCUUACAGCCCUGUCUAUCAAGAAAUUAAAGGUAUAAACAUGAUUUUGUUUUUACACGUUUGUACAUAAAUAUUCACAAACAACAGUCAUGCACAUGUUUUUUUUCUCGUAAUAUCUUUAUGUUAACUAUGUGAUAAAACACUUGUUAGUGUGACCACAUGAACCUGACAACCAUGUAAAUGACAAAAUUAAAUAUUUGUCGUCAACCAAUGAGAACAUGAUGCUAGUCUGUCAAUAGAGUGAAGUUUGGAUAGUGGCCAUUGGCAACCUUCAACAUACAGUAACAACUAGUAAUGUUUAGUCUUUUUUUUACUAUGUUUUGUAUGAGAGCUUAAGUGAAAACUAUUUUUGAUCAGUUGUAGUCAAAAAAAUUAUCAUUUUAGAAAUAAAAUCUAAUUUAUUCAUGUGAAAUAAAAACAUAUUUUCAAAGUGAAAUUGUUGUGUACUGUUGCACAUUUAUUUCAUUUUCUUGUAAUCGUGCAAUCCACCUAAAUAAGCAAAUAGAAAAUGCAACUACAAUGCACGUUUUGCGACGAUCUAAAUAACCCAAAGUGCAAUAGUUGUCAAAGUUUCCACUGUAACAAUUGGAAACGUAAUGUAGCAAACGGCAGAAAUACAAACCUCUACCAGACCACAGCGUUUCCCAGCAUCAACACACUGCCAACUGUUCAAAAAUAGUUUUUGAUUUUCUUUCAAAUUGAUGUAUUUCAUUCGUAUCAUUAUCUGGAUCUCAAAGUUAUUUUUAUAGCCCUUAACCAGCCAUAACUUCUGGUAUAAUUUCUGUUUUGUCUCUACAAUAAAUUGCUCUCAGCUCA